GGAAGACACUCAGAAACUACUACCAACCCCACCUUCUUCGUGUUCUUCUUCGUCGUCUUCUUCUUCUUCUUCUUCUUCUUCUUCUUCCCCGACGGCCGACCCAUGAAUCAUCACAAGACUGAAGAGGAUCUCUUCCAACAUCACCAUGAUCUGGGCCCACCUAACCAGAUCAUCCAAUCUCAGCCGUCCAUUCCUCCUCCUGACGAACCCCCUGACUCCGCCUUCUCCCUCCCCGAAAUCGUCCUCUUCCGUUCAUCCUCCUCAGCCGAAUCACCCAGUCACUCCUCCUCCGACAACGACGAUGCCGGUUCGGCCCACCCUUCAACGACCGCAACUACUUCUAUUGCCAAGCACCCGACCAAUGGUGCCGGCGAAAUUACUAAUCGGCCCCUGGGUUACAUUUCUCCCGAAUCCCACAUAUCUUCUCAGUUCUAUACCUUCAACGCGGAGUCACACUCCCUUAUGAUUCGGUGCCUCAGGGAACAGCGGCUCGCGACUCCCGACGAGAUCCGUGCCGCGACGCCGCGCUCAGUCCUCAAAUCCUGGCGAGCUGUAUGGAAGGACCGCAACGAGGAUACUGCCUACCUCACCGCCUGGAAGCGCAUCCAGGACAAGCUCACGGCACAAGUGGACUCCACCGGUAACGAAUUCCUCUGUUUUAAGAAUAAUUCUAAUCAAUUUGUGUCUCACGUUAACCAAUGGCAAGACAUAGUGAUGGGUUUUCACGGCGACGCCGAUUUAAAGCAUUUAGGGCUUAAAGAAACUAUAGAGAGAAUCAAGCAGGUUUGGACUGUAGGUGCUAAGUUCUAUGGAAUUCCUGAGAGUUACAUUAGGGUUUGUGUUGCCGCAUGCCCUGUGUGCAAUGCUGCGUCGGGUUCAGCUUCAAGGAGUAAACGGCGUCGUUUUGAAUACACAGAGUCGUUUGAUGUUCCGGCAAAGGAGGUGCCUCAUAAGUUGCAGCAAUUGGCGGCGAAACACAAGGUUGUGCUUUGUAUUAGGCAGAAGUAUAUUAGGUAUAAGCCUUUUAUGGCUGAGGUGAAGGAUUAUGCUUGUCAUAGAGCAGGGGAACCUGCUGCUAAGAAGUCAAGGAUUUUGAAGAGGGAACCCUAUGCAUCAAAGAGAUGUGGGUGUGGAUUCCGAAUUAGGGCUAUUGUGCCAAUUGCAAAUUAUAAUGAGAAAGAUAAGACUUUUGUGUACCAGGAGGAAGGGAUGGCUGUUUUUAAGUUGUAUGCAGUGCAUUCUGGACAUGAACCAGGCCCCUUGGAUGGGAAUGCUAGGAUUAUGCACAGGGUUGUUGGGCAUAAAGGAGGCUUUUUAAUGGACCAGGAUACAGUGUAUGGAGUGAGUGAUGAUAUGGAGAACGACGGGUUUGGAUUGUUGGGUAAAGAUGAAGGGGAUUUACAGCUUGUGGUUUUACAGCAAGUGCAGGAAUUGAGAGCUGAAAUUGGGUUGUUGGAGGGGAGGAUUGGGAAAAUCCCUCAUGACUUAUUGGGUUCUGUCUCUCGGGAGCUGUUUGAAGUUUUGAAUAAAGUAAGAUGUUUAGGAGAAGAGGGUCCAAAGUCAUUGGGAUUGCUUUCUGACAAGCCUCAUCCAGAUGUUGUGCUUGUCGGGGAGAAUGAUUUGGCCCACUGGACUAAUCAUCAUGAUGAGCCGAUGUAUGGGGAUGGCAAGGACACAGAAUUGAUUGAGGAUGAUGAUGACAGUUUUGGAAGGACACUUGGAGAUGUUGUUCCUUGGGAUCAAAUGAGAACAGAUUGUAGGAGUCAGAAGGACCUGAUAGGUGAGCCUUGUAAGCCAGAAAAGUGGUUGAAAUGCAGUGAUUUUGAUGAGAAGAGCAUUCUUGACUGUGAAGAUACUAAACUAACGAAGCCCUUGAGACAUGAUGAGGGAAUAGUUGCAGAUGUAGGACUUGUUGGUAUACAGGUUGAUAGUUUCUAUCAGGAGAAUUCUAAAUGGUAUGAUUCUCCUUGUGGGCUGGACUCAGGCACAGAUUGUGAUGACAGUGGAUUCAGACAUGGGGAGAUUGUGUAGUCCUAAAGAAUCCCGUUAACCCACUCUAACACAGCCAUAAAUUUAUAUUGUGCCCCUUCAUCACUUCUGCUGCUGGGCACUGGAUUGUACAUUCAUGUAUACUGAAGAUGGGAGCCUCUUACAUGCCUUUAGUUGUCCAUUUUACUUGUUAUCUCUGUAAAGUGUCAGCCUAUUAGGCUUCUUCAUGCAUACCUUAUUUGUAACUAUUUGUUAACUAUGUUUUGAACGUCCAUUAUUCUUACGUUGGGUUCCUCUUAGAAUGAACACCAGUGACUACGUUCUUUUUAUCUGUUUCUGACCUUUGAUUAUUGCAUGUGCAGUAUGUACAAUCAAUCUCCGCGAUGGUUCACUUCUGGUACUUCUUGGUGACAUGCAUAUUUCUUGCCAUUCGCUUUAGAUGCAUCUUAAUAAGCCGCUUAGUUUGAAAGAUCUGUAGUGAAGUUACCUUGCAUUGUUCUUUUUUUUUUCUUCUGUAUUAUGUACAAAGAGUUUAAAUCAAGAUGCUUGCUAGCUUAGAUGGCUGCAUAAGGGCAUGAGACUGAAUUCCUCCUACAAAAGGUAAAGGAGGUGAAGGCAUGGAAGAGUGCCAGUUGUCAUACAUACUUCUGAGCAGGCACCAUAACUUGAAGCAGAAUGCUAGUCAGGUAUGUAACUCUCUCCUUUCAUUAGCCACAGAACUCUAGUAUUAUUCCCAGAUCCCAGUGUUCUUAUAAUUGUCUUGAUUUGCUACUAUGAAUGGGGUUUUGUAAUCUUUUGUAAUCCUAAUUUCCGCCCUUUACUUUGACAACUAUCAGUCUGUGACUUGUGACGAAUGUUAUUAUGCUUUACUUUUGAAUUGUCAAACGUGAGCAAGCCUCAUGUAUAUCAGGCAUGCCAUGCUUAAU